AUGGCUACAAUCAUCUCCUGCUCCGCUCUCCCUUCGAUCCGUGCCUCUUCCGGAAAACCGGAUCAGACCGGAAAGAAACCCGGUUCAUGGUGGGCUCCUCUCUUCGGCUGGUCAUCGGAACCAGAUUACGUGAAUAACAACAACAGCAAUAACAGCUCCUCCGUGAAUCUGGAAUCAGAUCUGGAUAAAACUACGCGAAGGUGUCUCACGGAGGAGAAGGCUAAGCAACUCCGCAUGAAAAUUGCACAAGUCUCCACGUUCCACGAAGUCAUGUAUCAUUCCGCGAUCGCGUCACGGCUCGCGUCUGACGUGUCCGUCCGGGUCAACGAGUAA